AUGACUGAAAAGAAGCCUGUAGUUAGGGUGGCAGUGGUAGGUUGUGCUCAUGGAGAGCUAGAUAUAAUUUAUGACCGGGUCAGAAACCAUAGAGGAGACCCAAUAGACCUCCUCAUCUGCUGUGGAGACUUCCAGGCAACCCGGAAUCUAAGUGAUCUGAAAUGUAUGGCUGUUCCCCUCAAAUAUGCCGCCAUGUGUUCCUUUUACAAAUACUAUUCUGGAGAAAAACAGGCCCCAGUCUUGACUUUGUUCAUUGGGGGAAACCAUGAGGCCAGCAAUCAUUUACAAGAAUUCCCUUAUGGAGGAUGGGUUGCUCCAAAUAUCUAUUUCAUGGGGUAUGCAGGUGUAGUGCAAUUCAAAGGCCUGAGAAUUGGUGGACUGUCUGGCAUCUACAAGGGGCAUGAUUACCUCACAGGCCAUCAUGAGUUUCCACCAUACAACGAGAGUGCCAAGAGAUCUGUCUACCAUGUGCGAAAUCUGGAGGUGUUUCGCCUCAGACAGUUAUCAAAAGCUCCUGAUAUAAUGAUUUCACAUGACUGGCCUCGAGGAGUUUAUCACUAUGGAGAUGUCCAGCAGUUGCUCAGAUUCAAACCCUUCUUUGCACAGGAAAUUGAACGGAAUGAACUUGGAAGUAGGCCUGCUGCAGACAUUCUCUUUGAGCUCUGCCCAAGAUAUUGGUUUUCUGCUCAUUUGCAUUGUAAAUUCAUGUCUCAAGUGAAUCAUCAGACAAAUACAGACUCAAAUGAAAUUAAAAUCACGCAAUUUCUAGCUCUUGACAAGUGUCUGCCUAAUCGGCAAUUCUUCCAAGUGAUGGAGAUCCCUUCUUCAGGCAGCAGUGAUUCACAGGACUUGACAUAUGAUCCAGAAUGGCUAGCAGUUUUGAAGAAUACCAACCAUCUUUUGUCUGUGAAAAGACACAUUAAUCACAUGCCUGGACCUGGUUAUGAUGGCAGGUGGAAUUUCACACCAACAACUGAAGAACUAGAGGAAAUUGAGAAAAUAUUUUGCAACGACUUCCAGAUUCCCCAAAAUUUUGAAAGGACUGUUCCACCAUAUGAUGAGAAGGAAGGUGUGAACUUGUACAAUGUUAGGCCACCCAGGAUUUUGUUCAAUCCACAAACAGUCUGCUUUUGUGAAAAGCUGGGCAUGACUGACCCAUUGCAAGUUAUAGCUUCUUCAUCUCCAUCAAAACAGUUCAGAAGGCCUGGUCUGUCAUCAUCUUUUGUCAAUGAAGAGGAACUGAAUAUCACUCAGACAGAGUCUUCAGACCUGUCUGGCAAUGUCUCCAUGAAUCCAGAUGAAAUUGCAUUGGAUGAUGACAGUGAUGAAGAACCCGUCACUUCCUCAGAUGUUGCUCAUUCAACACCUGUUGCAAAAAGUGCAAACCAGACCUUGGAAAUCCAGUACAAGUCACCACUGAGUUAUGAUGAACUCCCCAAGCUCAAGACUAACGAGAGUAGCAUUGGUAGUAGUGAUCCUGUGGUGACAAGCAGCAACACUGAUGAUAACAAGGAUUCAUGUAGUAGCAGUUUCUUUCUUGAUGUUAGUGGUGACAGUUCUACAGCUGUACCUACCAAAAGACCCAUGGAACCAAGAUCAGGGGGUGCCAAGAAAUUUGUCAGAAGAAAUGCAGCAAUGUAUGAGAAUUCUGAGGAUUUCCUGGAGGCUGCAGCAGCAGCUGGUCUCUCUGAGGACAUGGUGAGCAAGGCAAAACAAAGUCGGUCAGAGAAGAAGGCUCGAAAGAUCAUGUCCAAAUUAGGCCUGAAACAGGAGGAGUCAGAGGAGGAAGAGGAAGUGGAUGAGACAGGAGUGGAGGAGAAGGAUAUUGACCUGGUCAUGUCCCAAGCCAAUGUGUCACGAGGAAAAGCAGUACGGGCUCUCAAAAACAACAACAACGAUAUUGUCAAUGCCAUUAUGGCUGCACAUCGGGCCGCCAGGGCCGAUGUGGUGGGUGCUAUUGAGGUGCACGGAGCCCCUACCUCUCACACAAUGGAGCAUAGAGUGGCCUAUGCUUCAGCCCAGGGGAGAGCAGGUAGUAUCCGAAAGCAGCCGGGUGAACUGUUGGCCCUGGAGAAUACCGCCUGCGCCCGGGCCCCUUAUCCAUUAAGCCACGGUGACAUGGAGAUCCUCCAACGAUCCUCUCUUUUCCGUCGAGGUUUCGCCCUGCUGGAGAGCGGCUGCGUCACGAAGAAGAACGAGGUGAACAUCCUGGUGAAGAACUUGGCGGACGUCGUCCUGGGGGGACUCACGUACUGGGCCUUCGGCUACGGGCUCCAGUACGGCACUGGCCCCUGGACGAACCCGUUCUUCGCAGUCGGCUCCUUCUUCCUCGACUCCGACGACGAGGACACCAUGGGAAUCACGUUUGCUACGUUCAUCUUCCAGGUUUAG